AACAAAAUAAUUUUUAUAAUUAAUAUAAUUUUGUACGAGUUAAAGAUCCUUGUGAGCCCUCUUCACGUGAACACGCGUUUGUCAUUACAUUUUUUUUGACAAGGCGUCGCCUUCUCACUGAAUGAAAUGGUAUUCAAAACCUUUCAGUUCCGUAUUGCUCAGUUCAAUUUAGUUCAAUUCAGUUCACUUUAAUUUCACAUUUCUUUGUAUUACUUAUAAUUCCACAUUACAGAUUAGAAUGGCGGAACAGGCAGACCUUUACAAGUACUUUGAGCCCACAGUGCAGCUCAACACACUGGCGUUGUCGAACAUUCACACCUUGACGUCGUGGGGCGUCGGCACAGCAGCGGGCAUUCUGGGUCUGACUGGGUGGAACGGGUUCAUAUUCUUCCUGAUAAACUGGGUGGUCAUAUCAGGACUUGUGUUUUUUGUCAAGUGCAAGAGCAAGCCGUCGGUGUACUUCAAGUCGGGCUUCAUGGAUAUUGCCGGAUCGACCGUGAUGAACACCUUGCUGUCGUAUGUGCUCGUUUGGACGCUGAUGCACGCGCUUGUGUAUGUUUAUGACUGAAAUACACGCACUUUUUUGUUUUAAAUAUACCUCGCGACUUGGAUUGAUAGUACAAAAAAAUAUAUAUAUAUAGAAAUAGG